AUGGUUAAGACCUUGGAGAAGCUUACGGCUGCCGUGAAUACUCAGAAUAACACCUCUGAGCGUAUAUUGGGUUACAUCAAGGAGAAGUCCGCUCAGGAUAACACCUCUGAGCGAAAGUUGGAUUACAUCGUGGAACAGUUCACUGCAGUCAUGAGUUCUCAGAAUCGGCUCUCUGAUCACAAGAAUGACAAGACCACGGAGCGCAAGUUUGAGAGACCAGUGUCGGAGUUGAUCAAUAAAUGUGUUCACAGAGAGAGGAAGAGGAGUGGUGUUUGUGAGGAGGAGCAGCUCUCAUGCUCUGCUUUGUGCCAGGACGUCCUGAAGGAUCCAGUCUCUACCAGCUGUGGACACUGCUUCUGCAGACAGUGCAUCUGCUCAUACUGGGACCAGUCUGCUUCAUCAGGAGACUUCUCCUGUCCCCAGUGUGGAGAAAGACCCAGAACCAGAGCUGGACUGCAGACAGCCAGUCAGAGCAGCUGUGUACAAACAGAUGUUGGUCUGCAGGAGGUUUUAGAUGAACAUAAGAUCAGUCUGAGGAGAAGAUUUGAAUGUGUGACUGAAGGAAGUGAUGAAACAGGAAGUAGAACCCUCCUCAACAGGAUCUACACUGAGCUCUACAUCACAGAGGGACAGAGUGAAGAGGUUCAUACCCAACAUGAGGUGAGGCAGCUGGAGACAGCUUCCAAGAUGGACGCCCUCCAUGACACUCCAAUCAGGUGCCAGGACAUCUUUAAAACCUUACCUGACCAACAGAGACCCAUCAGAGUGGUUCUGACCAACGGCGUGGCUGGUGUUGGAAAAACCUUCUCAGUGCAGAAGUUCACUCUGGACUGGGCAAAGGGCUUGGAGAACCAACAUGUCAGCGUGGUGGUUCUGCUUUCAUUCAUGGAGCUGAACCUGAUCAGAGAUGAGCAGUACAGUCUUCUGGAGCUGCUCCAUGUUUUCCAUCCAACAUUACAGAAGGUCACAGCAGAGAAGCUCGCUGUCUCUCAGCUUUUGUUCAUCUUUGACGGCCUGGAUGAAAGCAGACUUUCAUUGGAUUUCACCAACAGGAAGCUGCUGUCUGAUGUCACACAGAAGUCAUCAGUCAGCCAGCUGCUGACAAACCUCAUCCAGGGGAAUCUGCUUCCCUCGGCUCUCGUCUGGAUAACUUCCCGUCCUGCAGCAGCCAAUCAGAUCCCUCCUACAUGUGUUGACAGGCUAACAGAAGUACGAGGCUUCACUGACGCCCAGAAGGAGGAGUACUUCAGGAGGAGAUUCAGUGAUGAAGAGCUGUCCAGCAGAAUCAUCUCCCACAUGAAGACAUCCAGAAGCCUCAACAUCAUGUGUAGUAUCCCAGUCUUCUGCUGGAUCACUGCUACAGUUCUGGAGCACACCUUGACUACAGAGCAGAGAGGAGAGCUUCCCAAGACCCUAACUGACAUGUACUCACACUUCCUGCUGGUUCAGACAAAGAGGAAGAAGAAAAACUACUGUGAGGGACAUGAGACGAGUCCACAUGAGCUGACGGAGGCUGACAGGGAAGUUCUUCUGAAGCUGGGAAAGCUGGCAUUUGAACAUCUGGAGAAAGGAAACAUCAUGUUCUACCAAGAAGACCUGGAGCAGUGUGGUCUGGAUGUGACAGAGGCCUCGGUGUACUCAGGAGUUUGUACAGAGAUCUUCAAAAGAGAGUGUGUGAUCUUCCAGAAACCAGUCUACUGCUUUGUUCAUCUGAGCAUUCAGGAGUUUCUGGCUGCAGUCUACAUGUUCCACUGUUUCACCAACACGGCGGCAAAGGUGGUAGUGGACUUCCUGAGGAUAGACUACAAUGAGUCAUCUCUGAAUGUUUUCCUGAAGAGAGUCAUGAAAAAAUCCCUCCAGAGUCAAAAUGGCCACCUGGACCUAUUUGUUCGCUUCCUUCAUGGCCUCUGUCUGGAGUCCAACCAGAGACUCUUAGGAGGUCUGCUGGGUCAGACAGAGAACAGUCCAGAAGCCAUCCAGAGUGCCAUAAACAGCCUAAAGAAGAUGAAUAGUGAUCAAAACUCUCCUGACAGAAGCAUCAACAUUUUCCACUGUCUGAUGGAGAUGAACGACCUCUCAGUACAUGAAGACAUCCAAGAGUUCCUGAAGUCAGAGAACAGAUCAGACAAGGAACUCUCUGAGAUCCACUGCUCAGCUCUGGCCUUCAUGCUGCAGAUGUCAGUGGAGGUACUGGAUGAGUUGGACCUGCAGAAAUACAACACAUCAAAACGGGGACGACUGAGAUUGAUUCCAGCUGUGAGGAACUGCAGAAAGGCUCGACUGACUUAUUGUGGACUCUUAGAGGCUCACUGUGAAGUUGUGGCCUCAGUUUUGAAGUCCAACCCCCCCUCCCAGCUGACAGAGUUAGAUAUGAGUGGAAACGAGCUGCUGGAUUCAGCAGUAAUGUUUCUGUGUGCUGGACUUGAGAGUUCAAAUUGUCGACUGGAGACUCUGAGACUGAGUGGCUGUAACCUCUCAGAGAGAAGCUGUGUAGCUCUGUCCACAGUUCUCAGCUCCCAGUCUAGUUUGAGAGACCUGGACCUAAGUAACAACACCCUACAAGAUUCAAAAAUGAAGCAUCUGUUUGCUGCACUGCAGAGUCCACUUUUUACACUGGAAACUCUGAGACUAAGUGGCUGUUUUCUGUCACAGUCAAGCUGUGAAGCUCUGUCCUCUGUUCUCAGCUCCCAGUCCUCUAGUCUGAGAGGGCUGGACCUGAGUAACAACACCCUACAUGAUUCAGGAGUGAAGCCUCUAUCUGCUGCACUGCAGAGUCCAUGCAGUACACUGGAAACUCUGACACUUGGUGUUUGUUUCCUGUCAGAGAUGAGCUGUGAAGCUCUGUCUUUUGCGCUAAGUUCUAAGUUCUCUGUUUUGAGAGUGCUGGACCUGAGUAACAACAACCUACAAGAUUCAGGAGUGAAGCUUUUGUCUGCUGGACUACAAAGUCCACACUGUACACUAAAAACUCUGAGAACAAGUGACUGUAAUCUCACAGGAAGAAGCUGUGAAGCUCUGUCCACAGCUGUCUGCUCCCAGUCCUCUACGCUGACAGAGCUGGACCUGAGUAACAACGAUUUGGAUGAUUCAGGGUUGAAGCUCAUGUCUGCUGCAUUGGAGAGUCCACAUUGUACUCUGGAAACUCUGAGUCUGUCAGGCUGUCUGGUCACAGAGGAAGGCUGUAUCAAUUUGGCUUCAGCUCUGAGCUCCAACCCCUCCCAUCUAAGAGAGCUGGACCUGAGUUACAAUCAUCCAGGAGACUCAGGAAUUGAGCUGCUGUCGGCUGGACUGAGGGAUCCUGGCUGGAGACUGGAGACUCUCAGGUAUGGAGAGAAUGUCUGAUAGAGGAGGAAGAGC